AUCAGCAAAACCCCCUCGGCAUUCGACGGAGUGCUCACAAUACGACUUUCUUGGUUGGCUGAUGCAAUAACACUUUUGCUAAACUACGUCCGUGCCACUGGAUCCAGAAUAGAUAGCGCCAGCUCAUUUACACCUGCUACACCAGGCACAACGGGUAUACCAGCUGGUACGUUAGUCUGUUGUGCACUCUAUGCUCUCUAUUAA